GAGAAAGAAUGAAGAAUUUUGUAGGCUGCUCGAAGUCCGAACAGCAAAGCUAGCUAUAAAAAAUCGUUUCACUUUCAUAUAAUGUAUUCAUUGAUUGAGUAAUUCGCAUUCCUGGUGGAGCUUUAAAAAUGUGACUUCUGGUACGGCAUUUUGAAUGAAUAAUUACUUACUGAAGAAAACAGUAAUAGGCUUUUGCCGUAAAAAAAAACCUAAACUGAUUUUGAUUCGUACGCUGGCAACAUGGUAUCCUUCAUUGGCUCGUGGCUGUCAUGGAUACUGGACUGCCUCACGUUAGAGACUACACCCCUGAACAGUUUCCUACAAGGGCUGGUGGGUGCUUGUGGGAUAUCUGUGCUGUGUAAUCUGAUGAGAGUUCAUCUGUUCAUCAAAGAUAUUAGCAAAGGCAGUGAACCAAAUAGCAAGGACAGGUCAUUGCACACGAGUGGCUCCAAGGGCGGACUCGGUUCAUGGCUCCAGUUCUGGAUCCUGACUCUGAUCUUAUCUCUGGUCGGCUCUCGAGUUGCCUCCCUGGUAGUUCUGGAGUUCUGCCUAAGAGCAGUGUCGACCCGUGUUACUGCCGGACCGGAGUCCCAGUCCAGUUCUACCCGGCAGUUCAUGGUGCAAUGCCAGUUCUCGCUGGGCUGUGCUUUGAGCUGCAGUCUCCACUUUCUCCACGAGGGGGCGCCACAGCGCCUGCUCAGCCUUCUCCUGGCAGCAGGGUUGAGCUGGCUGCUGGCCAGCCGGAGUGCGCGUCUUUGGAGCCACGUGAAGGCGCUGUACCCGCUACACAGCUCCCAGCGCUACUGUGGGGUGUGCAUCACCCUCCUGACCUCAGGCCGCUCCCUCCUGCCUGCGCUAACCCGCGCUCUGGUGCUGACCUUCACUGUGGCGGCUGUCACUGCUGUGUUCACCAUCAACCACCACUUCCUGUCAGCCACUGAGGCCCUCAGGUUCUGGACACCGCUGACUAUCUGCUACACGCUGCUGGUGGUGUACAUGCAGGACGAGCAGAGCCGGCACCCGGGGGCGCAGGCGGUGCUGCAGACGGUGAUGGUGCGGCUCGGUGGGCUGAUGGUGCUGAUGCUCACCGUGGGCCGCUGGGGCGACGUGCUCCACAUUCUCGUGUGCUUUCUGGGCGAAGCCGGCUGUCUGAUUCCCACACAGGACCUGCUGGAUGCCGCGCUGCGUGAUGUGAGUGAAGAAAUUCCCAGAAUUCCCAAGGGAAGUUGACCGAGAGCCAGAGAAGGCACAGAGCGACAGUCCCUACAUCUGACUCCUGAAAGAAAACGCCUCAUCUAAACAUCUAAUACUAAGCCUCUCUCUCCUGGAUGAUUAUCUGCAUUUAAAAUACACCUCAGUGAGGUGUGCAGCAUUGUUAACUUGUGAUUACUACAAGAAAUGGGCAUAAGAAAUAAAUACAGGAGGAACUUGGGCAAAAUCCUCAUUUGGGUCCCCCUUUAAAAGGAUUGGUGUGCCAUUUAAAAAAAAAGCAUUUCUCAUUAAUUGGUAAUAUAUUGAUUUCAUUGUUCACAAUAUAAGAUUUUUAUUUAUAUCAGAUAAAUGUUUUGAUAUUCAUUAUUAUUCCAUGAUUCUGAUAAUGAAAUAUUAUUUCAGUAUUUUUAUGGUCCACGUCACUGGGGAUGCACAAUAGCAGUGCUGUCGUUGGGUAUAUGCUAUUUAAAAGAUCGAGUAAGGUAAUAAAAGAAAGGCAAGGUAUGGAAGCAAGGGAAUAAGCAGUGUAAACUAUGAAAAAUGAAAAGAUAAAAUGAAAGAGAAGGAAUGAAAGAGGGUGGUGAUAAUAAGAAACAGGUGAAUAGAUCACAGGCUGCUGGUGCUAAACACUUUUUCUUCAUGAAAUCUGACCUCAAUAAAUUACAAUACCCUCUGCCAUCAUUCACCCCUUCAUAAAAAAAGAUAAAAGAAGCUUGUAUAAAUUAACAACACAGUUAAUGAGCUGGAUUACAUGGUAAUACAAUUCUUAACAUUUAGAGAUAAUUUUAAUAGAGAGAUUUAGAGAAAAACAAAUUUUAGUGAACAUGCUGGUUCACUAUAGUAUAAGAAUUAGGUGACAUCCAAGGCAAUGAGCUCCCAGAAGAAACAAAAUAAAGGGUUGUCUGCCUUCAAAAAUAUACCACUUUCCAUAAUUUUUCAGUGGUUUUAAACAUUAAGACAACUGAAAGGGAGGUACAAGUACAUCUUGUCCACAUGCAAAUGAGGCAGAUGGUUUGGUAGCAAAGAAAAAUUAAAGGACCACAUGUAGAGAUCGACAAAGAUUGGUUGCAGCUCGGUUACAUGGUGGGCACACAAAAUCUUGAAAUCUACCAUUAGAAAUGCAUGUUUUGGUCACAUGAGAUGAAAAAUGAGCUUUUUUGGCCAUGCAGAAAAGUGGUAAGCUUGGCAAUCAAAGGGGGAUGACUGUUGAAAUAUGAUUUCAUGAUGGUUAUUUCUUCUGAUGUACUGGUCCUGGACAUUUUAGCCAAAAAAUUGGUUCUGCCUACCAGGAAGCUCAAACUUGCCUGCAAAUGGAUCUUUUCACAACACAUUGACACUAAGCAUACCCCCAAAUCAACCCAGAAGUGGUGAACCGACCACUAAAUGUCUGUUCUACAAGGGCUACCUCAGUCUCCAAAAAUGUGUGGAUUGAAGUGGGGAGUCCAGAAGGGCAGACCGAAGAAUCGCAAAUGAUUCGGAUUCGGAGGAAUGGUGAA